CUGAGCCACCAGUGCCAGUGCUGUCGUUCGACCCGACCCCGCCGCCGCUACUAGUUGCACGAUGUCAGCCUCACAGGGUACCAAUGCCCCCCGCUCAGACUCCGUCGCGAUCCUUGGCUCUGGUGUUGCAGGCCUGAUCACGGCCUAUACACUCAUCCACGAUGGCUACACGAACGUCAAGAUCCUGACGCGAGACCUUCGUGUUGGCGGCAUCUGGGCAACGAACCGCGUCUAUCCUGGACUUCACCUGAACAACGUCCAUGGAGAGUAUCGCCUGUCUCCCCUGGAGAUGCCCCCACCAUCUUCUGCCGACGGUCGCUUGUCGGGCGAUGAUAUGGCUCAGUACAUGGUGCGAUUCACCGACAAGUACCUUUCGGAUCGCGUAGAGUUUGGGCUCGAUAUCAGCAACAUACGCCGCGGCUCGAACGGAGAAGGUUGGCUUCUAGACGUACGCGACGUACAGACUGGAAAGCAGGAGACCAGGCCCUUCAGUCGCCUAGUAGUCUGCACAGGGGGAUGCGAUUCUCCCAAGCUCCCGAUGAAGUUGAGCCCCGAUGCGGCGCGAGCGGCAGGAUUCAAGGGUCUCGUUUUCCACAGCGUGGACUUCGGGCCAAAGCUACAGGAUCUAAUCGCAAGCGUGCCUCCUUGUGACCCAAGCGAGACUUCCAAGUCUUUGGGCUCCUCUGUCGUGGUCAUAGGAGGCGGAAAGUCCGCGCAAGACAUAGCUGCGUAUCUGGCCAAUGAGGGUCGGGCAGUGACUAUGAUAUGCCCUGAUCUCGAUGCCUUCACCGCAGGCCCUAAACCUCUGCCCGACUUCAUCCGGAAGAGCCGGCUACUAUCUUUGUUUUCGCCUCAUAUACAUCUACGCACCAGCCUCGAGCGGUUCCUUCAUACGACGCGGGUGGGGCAGAAGACGGUGGACUUCAUGUGGAAUGGUUUAGUGGACAGCUCCUUUAAAGCCGCGAACAUACCCACCGACUCCCCUCUGCGUAACACCGUAAGCCCGUUCUGGCAUGUUCGCAUCAACGAUGAAGGCAUCCCUCGCGAAAAUGGAUUCCAUGGCCUUGCGGUCGCUGGCAAGAUCGACGUCAUAACCCCCGCGCAUGCGGUCGGCUUCAGCGAAGACGGGCAGUCGGUCACUCUCGACAGCGGGAGGUCGAUUCGUGCCAGUGCGGUCGUUCUUGCCACCGGAUAUCAAUCAUCCUGGUCCUCGCUCUUCGAAGCGAACGCUGCCGAGGAGCUAGGCCUGAAUCCACAUCCAGCAGCAGAGACGAGCUCUGACCACCACUGGGAUUACACGUCUUUGUACAACCCCCCUCCCCUCCAUCCCGACGCCAAGAAGUGGUCGUCGUCGAUAUACCGAGGCAUCGUGCCGUCGAGGAACAUCGCUCGCCGAGACUUCGCAGUGAACGGUGCUUGCGUCUCCCCAAACAACGGGUACACGCUGGAGGUCGCCUCCCACUGGAUCUCGUCGUACUUCCUCGGAGACGAGAUGCGUCUUCCUGAGACGCCCGAGGCCGCCCUCGCAGAAACCGACCGCGCUGCAGCGUGGCUUCGGACGCGGUACCCCGAAGUGCCGACCGCCCUCAACUCGAGCCAUACGGGAUAUCUUGCAUUCUGGACGUGGCCCCAGCACGUCGAUGACCUUCUCGAGGACAUGGGUUUGGCGGUGAUGCGUAGUGGAGGAAACGGACUCACGUGGCCUUUCAAGGUCAUCGAUCUCAAGGAGAUUGCACACCUCAAGGAGGAGCGCGACGCCAAGCGCUCCACUAGGGACGCCCAGCAGCAACAGGCUUGAUGGGAUAACCGUGGCCUGACGAGCGUUGCGGACGUGCUCUUGCUAUGCACGUCGAUUGGAUGUCAUUUGGGUUGUAUGUAUAGGUCACACGCC